AUAUGCUUAUACGCUCACCGUUCAUGGUGAGCUUGCAUGCAUAACUUCAUCUAUUCUGCGUACACUGACAUGGAUAUAUUUCAGUAGAAAUCGUCAGGAUGUGCUAGUUUUGCAUGUGUCUUCAUAGAACCAAAAAUUUUGAACACUGUUUAUGUGAUAGAAUUUUGUCAGGGAAAUAAAACUUAGCAACAAAAUUAAUUGCCUGAAGGGGGUGUAAUUCAGAAUUUUAGGGUUACUUUGGACCACAGGUUUUUCAAAAACACUGUAUCAGGAAAAAUAUAUUUUGGAGCACCCUAACACUUUAAAUCAUAUGGAUUGAAAAAAUACAGGAAAUCUGUAAAAACGACUGUUUACAUGGAGCUUAAGAGAGAUGGAAAAAAAACCUUACGUUAAAAUUUCUCUAAAAUUCUUAUGUUUUGAGCCGAUUAAGAAAAAACAUAAAAUUUUUAUAAGGUCAUUACUUUUAUCUCAAGAAACAUAUAGGAAUUUUUUUCAUAAGAUUGAGAGCUUUUAAAAUUCCUUUAAAAUACUUCCAAAGGAGCCCUUAGCUAGAUAUAGACAGAUACUCAUGCAAGUAAAUAAAUCUCUCUUUCACACAAAAAGGAUGGACCCUUCUUGACCAUUCCCCCCCACCAAAUUAAGUCCACUGGAUAAAAGCCACCAAAUUGCAAAGUUUAUGCUCACUUUGCCACCCUCCUCUCCUCCUCUCUUCUCCAAGCUUUAGAGAGAGAAACACACUUGUUCUUCAUCUACCCUUCUCCUCUCUCUCUCUCUCAUCUGGUUCUAGCUAGUACUAGCUGCUGCAUCUUCUACUGCUGUUCUUAGAAGAAGAAGAAGAAGAAGAAGAAGAAGAAGAAGAAGAAGAAAGAAGCUGCUCCUACUAGGCUACUAGCUAAGCUAGGCUUAGGCAUGUGCGUGCGUGCGUUUGAUGCUACUCUGUGGCAGAGCAGACGAUGAUCCGCCAUGUCCGGAUGCCGCCCACGCUGACGCCCACGACAUGCUCGGCUCAUCACCAGCUCGCGAUCGAGGCGGCGGCGACGACGCCGAGGCCUCCGAGCAGCCGCAGCCGCAGCCGCAGCCGCCAUUGUCGCCGCGCGCGGGGGGCGGCGAGGCGAGGGGGCUCGUGCUCGCGUGCGCCGACCUCGUCCACCGGGGGGACCUCGACGGGGCGCGCCGCGUCGCCGAAGCCGUGCUCGCCGCCGCCGACCCACGCGGCGAGGCUGGCGACCGCCUCGCCCACCACUUCGCCCGCGCGCUCCUCGCUCUCCGCGGAGGAGGCAAGGGUGGUCAUGGCGGCGGCGGCGGUGGCGUGGUGCCGUCGUCGGCGGCGUACCUGGCGUACAUCAAGAUCGCGCCGUUCCUGCGGUUCGCGCACCUGACGGCGAACCAGGCGAUCCUGGAGGCGGCGGCGGCGGACGCCGGCGGCGCGCACCGGCGCGUGCUGCACAUCGUCGACCUCGACGCGGCGCACGGCGUGCAGUGGCCGCCGCUCCUGCAGGCCAUCGCCGACCGCGCCGACCCCGCCGUCGGCCCGCCGCCCGAGGUGAGGCUCACCGGCGCCGGCACCGACCGCGACGUGCUCCUCCGCACCGGCGACCGCCUCCGCGCCUUCUCGAGCUCCCUCAACCUCCCCUUCCGCUUCCACCCCCUCAUACUCCCCUGCACCGCCGAGCUCGCCGCCGACCCGACCGCCGCCCUGGAGUUGCACCCGGACGAGACGCUGGCCGUCAACUGCGUGCUGUUCCUUCACAAGCUCGGCGGCGACGGUGAGCUCGCCGCCUUCCUCAGGUGGGUCAAGUCCAUGAACCCCGCCGUGGUGACCAUCGCCGAGAGAGAAGGAGUCCUCGGAGGUGACGUCGACGACGACAACGUCCCGGACGAGCUGCCGCGGCGGGUGGCGGCGGCGAUGGACUACUACUCGUCGGUGUUCGACGCGCUGGAGGCCACGGUGCCGCCGGCGAGCGCGGACCGGCUGGCGGUGGAGCAGGAGAUCCUCAGCCGGGAGAUCGACGCGGCGGUGGCGGCGCCCGGCGCCGGCGGCGGCGGGCGCGCUCGCGACUUCGACGCGUGGGCGUCCGCCGCGCGCGCCGCGGGCCUCGCGCCGCGACCGCUGAGCGCGUUCGCUGCGUCGCAGGCGCGGCUGCUGCUGCGGCUGCACUACCCGUCGGAGGGGUACAAGGCCGACGACGACGGCGGCCGCGGCGCCUGCUUCCUCCGGUGGCAGCAGCGGCCGCUCAUGUCGGUGUCGUCGUGGCAGCCGCAGCCAUAGCAAUGGCCAAGCUCACAAGUGAUCAACCAUGGUGUUCGACGGUUCGACCUCGAGAGCUCCAUCAAUGGCGUCUAGCUUGCUCUCAAGCUAAAGUGCUUCAUGUAUCGAUGAUCUAGCAUUCUAGCUAGGGAUCAAGCAAUGAUCCUAGCUAGCUAAGCUAAGCUACCUGCCAUUUUUCAUGGCAACUCGAGCUUGGAUUUGUGAUGGACACGUUGCAUGAGAAGGCGCCAUUGUUGGGAGAAGAAAAAGAGGAUCUUUUGGGCAUUCAACUUGGUGAGCCAGCUUCCUUCUACCACUAGCUCUAGCACCAAAUUCUUUUCAUUUUUUUUUUGCUUGGCAAAUCUUGAUUUUUUUUUCCUUUAGUUACUCCUACUUUUGUUUAGCUUUGAUACCCAAAUCUGAUAUUGGUGGAGUUGUUAUAGAUUGUUGGUUUUGACACUACUACUACUACAUAAUAUCUAGAUUUCUAGAUCUGUGUUAAUUACUAUGUUAAAAGGGUUUGUGCAUGCAUGCACGCUCUUGCAAAAUUAGGUCAUGUUGCAUAUACAAUUGGUUUCUUUGAUCUCAAAUAAUGAAGAUGAUCUCCCUAUUGUGGCUCAAUGGAUUGGGCUCAUUUUUAAAUUUUA